AUGGAUCAACAACAGGACCUUAAAAGAACUAGGGAUCCACCAAAUGAUCAAGAUGGUCAAAGACCAAGUAAAAAGAUGUCAUUAUCAAAUUCCGAGGCAUCUUUACCUACAGGACAAGUGGAUCAAAAUUUAAUUCUUUUCCAAAACAGGGCUAUGAAAGUUCGGGUUGAAGAGCAAAAAUUAGAAAUCAACGAUAGAGAGCAAAAAAUUAAAGAAUUAAACCAAAAAAUGCAUCAAUAUCAAGAAAAUAUUAGUGGUUUAUGCCGAGUUUGGGAUCAGUUAAAUAAUGGUCUUGAUCUUUUAUUUAGUAGAGUAGAUUUUGAAAAUUCACUAGAUUCUAUUUUACCAAAAGAAACUUUAGGAGAAUCAUUUCAAUUUUUAAGUACAUUUAUUUCAGAACCAGCCCCAUUAGAUGAUGGAUAUUCAAUCGAACAAGCCUUACAAAAAAAAGUACAAAAAACUCAAAAUACAUUUUGUAGAAUUUCAAAAGCUUUAGAAAAAGAACACACAUUAUCUAAAUUUAUUUUUAAAUUACUAAAAUCUAAAGAUGGUUUGAAAUCAAACGAAAUUGAAAAAUUAUUAAAAGAGGAAAAUGAUAAAUUAUCGAAACAAAACCAAUAUAUUCAAAAUAUUUAUGAUAAAUUUCAAGUUCAAUAUAAACAAUUAAUUGACCAAUCAUCGAAACUUGCAGACCAAGCAGCUCUCUAUCAACAAACUAAUAAAGAAUUAAAACAAGAGUUGGAAAAAUCACAAGAUGAAUUAAAUAUCGAACGAAAAAGAGUCAUCAAGUUACAAGAUGAAACUUUAAGAACACCACAAAUUAAAUCCCAAUCACCAUCCUUAGGCGGUACCAGUAAUAAUGGCAAUGGUGGCUCAUUAAAUUCAUCAAGUAAUGGUAUACCAAAUAAUAAACAAACUGAAGUUAAUGGUAAAGAAUUAUCACAAGAAGAAAUGAUUACCGAGCUCCAAAGACAAUCAGAUAACAGAUUAUUAGAAGCUAGAAAAUUAAGAGAAGAAAAAGCAAUUUUAUUAAAAGAAUUAAAUCAACUCCAAAUAGAUCACCGUAUUAUACCUGAAGAUAGAGUUACCAAUUCGAUGCCAUAUCAAGUUUUAAGACAAAGAUAUCAAUUAGUAGCCGAUGAAUUGGAUAUUCAUCGUAAUCAAUGCACUAAAUUACAAAAUGAUCUUCAACAAGCAACUAUUGGUCGUAGAUUAGAAAGAGAGGCAGUCGAAAGUUUUGAAGCACAUAGACGACAGCAAUUAGAUAGAAGAGUACAACAAUUAGAGGGCGAGGCUAUUGAAUUAAAAGCAGAAAAAGAGAAAUUGAUCGAACGUAUUAAACAAGUUGUACAAAGAGAUGUUGAAGCAAAAAAUAUUGAAAUUAAAGAGUUGUUAGACAAACUUUCAGUUUUUACAAAACAAAACGACGAAUUAAAAUUACAAGAAAAUAAAUUAAGAGAUAAAGAGAAGGAAUUAAUAAUACAAAUUAAUAUUUUAAAAGAUCAAAUAAAUAAUAUAAAUAAUAAUAAUAAUAAUACAAAUACAAAUACAACUACAAAUAUAAUUACAGAUACAAAUACAGAUAAUAAUAAUAUAAAUACAAAUACAGAAAAUAAAGAAGAACCAAUAAAUUCUUUAACAACACCUACCACUACUACAUCAGCAACUAAUAGUUUAACAUUGCAACAACAAGAAGAGGUUUUAGAAAAACCAAAUAAUAUAAAUGAUAUACCGAUAAAUAAUAUAAAUACAAAUAAUAAUAAUAAUAAUAUAGAUAUAAAUAAUUUAGAAAAUCAAGAAAUUUAUAAAUUAAAAUUAAAUGAAUUAAAACUUCAAGAAGAAUUGGAGAAAACUAAAAGUGAAUUAAAAGAACUUGGCAAAUUAAAAGAAAAUUAUAAUAGUGAAAUCUCUUUAAUCGAAGAGAAAUAUAAGAAUCAAAUCAAGGAAAGGGACAUCACCAUUUCACAAUGUAAAGCUACACAAGAAUCACAACGUCAAGAAAUUGAAGCAUUAAUUAUGGAGAUUGAUUCAAUGGGUAAAGCCUACGAGCAAAUGUUGGAGCAAAACACCAAACUUACAAAACAAUUAUCAGAUAAAGAAGAUACUCAUGCCCAUUUAACAGCAGAGAAUAUUAAAUCCCAACAAACCAUCCGUCUCUCUAAAGAACAACAAUUGGCAAUGGAAGAGAAACUCGUUCGUAACGAAGACAAACUUAAAGCUCAAGCAGAGUUGAUGCAAAAAAUUGAAGAGAAAUCAAAUAUACUCCAAAAACAAUUAUCAAAGGUCACAGAGGAUUUCCACAUUUGUAAUUUCGAUUUAGAAAAGCACAAGAGAUUCGUACGUGAAAACGGUGCCCACUCUACAGAGCUAAAAACUCAAUUGGAUCAUCUCAAUAAUUUAAAUCUCGAAUUGAAAAAGAAAGCCGACGAUUCCAUUUUCGCAUUGGAAAGAGAAAUCGAUAAGGCCAAAAGAUUAGAUGAAGAGAAACAAUUAUUAAAGAGAAAAUUAGAAAAAGCUACAACUAUCUCUACUUCUUCUUCAUCCUCAUCCGAAGAAGAGUUGAAAAUGGUAAACCAACGUUUAAGAUGCACCAUUUGUAACGAUAGACAAAAGAAUUAUGUCAUUGCUAAAUGUUUUCACGUUUUUUGCAGAGAAUGUAUAUACUCAAAUAUAGAUACUAGAAAAAGAAGAUGUCCAAGUUGUAAUAGAGCUUUCGCUGAAACUGAUGUUCAUCAAAUUUAUUUAUAA